UAAUUUUCUACAUGACCAUUCUUUGACCCAUAUAAACCUCGGAUCUAUUCUGCCUUCCUCAGUCCUCUUCGUCGCUGGGUGUUUCGUUUUCUGAGUUUCGGUUUUUGGGUUUUGCUCCGUUGGGAUCGUUUCUACUAGAGAAAAGGGCUUCGAACAUGGUACGAUUACAGCCCGACCCAUUCCUCAAUGAACUGACAAGCAUGUUUGAGCGAACUACUGAGCGUGGUUCUGUUUGGGUUACUCUCAAACACUCUUCUGAUAAAUCUAAAGCCCAACGGAACAAGAUGAAGACAACUGGCGAAAAUAUUGAAUUUAAGUGCCUCAUCCGAGCAACUGAUGGGAAAAAGAAUAUUUCCACAAUGGUUGGAGCAAAAGAUCACCAGCGUUUCCAAGCAUCUUAUGCGAUUUUGCUGAAGGCCCGCUUGACUGCACUAAAAAAGAGGGAGAGAAAGGACAAGAGGAAGGCUGCUGAUUCUGACAAAAAGUUGGAGAAGUCAAAGAAGAAAUCAGCUGCUCAAAAGGCCUCUACAUGAACUUUAGUCCUUUGAUUUAUUCCCCCAUUUUUGUUUCUAGGAUAUAGUUGUAGGAUUUGACUCCCAUUUGGGAUGACAAGUCUGAAACUGCAUUAUAACUCCAACUGCAUAGAAUGAUGAGAGGAAAUGUUUUUACUCAAUGUUUUCACUUCUAAAUUAGUGAAACUUUCCGAAGAGCUUGUUGGUAUUAUGGAACUUUGAAGAGAUUCUGUCAUAAUCUUGAUUUUUAGUUCGUUGAAGAACAGCUGUGGCAAUCUUAGAGUAGAGCGGACCAAAUUAGACUAGUUACCUACUUCAAUGUCAUUUUGUAGUUUGUUUGAUUGCAGCUAUAUAUACUUUUGGUUGUCAGAACCUAACGUGAGAUUGUGUAGUUCUUUUUA